CAGAAGACUCGCAACUCCCGCCAACGCCCGCACGACGUGCUGCCUUCCGGUGCCGUACCAACGGGCUGUCGGCAUCUCUUUCCACCACAGACGCCAGUUCGAUACCGGCAAAUCCAGUGCCUCCCUCGCACGGAAGAAGCCGAGAUGUGCUAUCAGCUGAUCGAGCUCUAUUCCGCAUGCCGGUGCCUCUACUACCAACACGCCGUUGACCGGUGUGCGGCAUACGGUCGACCAGGCCAUGGCAUCCAGAGGCGGACGAUAUUGGUUGGGUACGCCUGCAGCGAGCAUUCGUCGCACCACGCCAGCGGAUACGACUACUCGUAUUCGCAAUAUUCGGACUCGGGCUACUACUCGGGGCAGUCAUCCAAGAGCUCCGGCGGCCGCUACCGGUGAAGGGUAUUGUCUUCGAUGAUGGGCUGCUGUCCUCGGCACGCAC